AGUCGGCUGGUACCACGGUCAAGAUGGACGCGCGUUCUCUGUGGCUUAUUUUAGCGAUUGUUGCUGUGUCUAAAAGUACGGGCGUGGCGCCAAGACUCAAAUUGAAUGAUGGCAAAGAGAUUCCGGCACUAGGCCUUGGCACUUGGCUCGGAUUUACGAAAGAAGGUACUCGCGUCCCAGUGCAGGGAGAUGAAGUGGAGAAUGCUGUACAAUGGGCCAUAGACGCUGGUUACAGACACAUCGAUACUGCUGCCAUCUACAAUACCGAGCUUCAGGUUGGCAGAGCUGUAAACAAAAAGAUUGCUGAAGGAGUAAUAAAGAGAGAAGAUGUCUUUAUUACAACAAAGUUAUGGAAUACCCGUCACGCCAAAGAAGAUGUAGUACCGGCCCUGAAAGAGUCACUUCAGAAGUUGAACUUGACUUACGUGGACUUGUAUCUCAUCCACUGGCCUAUAUCCGAAUCUGAGGAUCAAAAAUUUCUGGACAUUGACUACGUGGAUACAUGGCGGGGUAUGGAGGAGGCUCGCGCUCAAGGCCUUACUCGUUCUAUAGGCGUCUCCAACUUCAACCAGGCGCAACUCGAAAGACUCAUAUCGCUCACCAAUUCCAAGCCCGCCUCUUUACAAAUUGAGAUAAAUUUGAACCUGCAGCAACCAGAUCUUUUAGCUUACUGCAAACGUCAAGGAAUAUUAGUGACUGGAUACACACCAUUCGGUUCAUUAUUCUCUGACAAGACUACUGAAGAGGUUCCACCUCCUCGCGCAGACGAUACUUCCCUCGUUGCCAUCGCUCAGAAAUACAACAAAACUGUAGCGCAAAUAGCGCUGCGUUACGAGGUUGAACUGGGCGUCAUCCCAAUUCCGAAGUCCAUACACAAGAAACGAAUCGAGCAGAAUAUCAACGUAUUCGAUUUCGAAUUAACACAAGAGGAACGAGAUGUGUUGAAGGCAUUCGAUAAGAACUACCGCGUGAUCGCCGCCACUCACUGGAAAGGUUCCCCUCACUACCCCUUUGAGAAGAAUUGAAUAGUGUAAUUUUUAAAUUUUGAAUAAAUGGCUUGGUAACUU